GUGUACAUCAGAAACUAACCUCUCUGUCGCUUAAUACUUAAUUCUAGCCGCUCGCAAAGGACCCCCAGGCCAUCUGACUGUCUCAUCUGCGAGUUGAUUGACUGUUUUCUGUUCCAUUUGGAUCACUCCCGUGCCAAUUGCUGUUUGCCGAACGCCCUUGUGUGUGUCUGCUAUUUUUCUUGCUCAUUAUUUCGAGACCCUUUCUCGAGUGAGUCCGAUGCUCGACGGAUAUAUGAUGCCAACUGCCCGGAAAGUAUUUCUGAUCCACCGUACCACCGCAGGAUAGCCCCCAGGACCGAUACUUCCCCGUUGGAGCUUUGCUUUUCUUUGCUAAAAGUUCUUUGUUCUUCUGUUUCUAUUACCAAUGUAUUCUACCUCCAAGAUGAGCUUGCGCUGGCGCAAGAAGACCCACUGGCCGCCUUCGCCAUGUGUGGAAGACGAAGUUGUUUCCCUCUCCCGCGAAUUACACGGAUUGUCCCAAAUCAGAGAAAUGCCCGGACUCGAAGGUGUUUGCUCCCGCGGAUCUGUCGACCAAUACCCAGUCCUUGUGGAUGUUUUUUCUUACUCUUCAUAUGAGGAGACGACCGUCAUCUAUGAGGACUUCAGCCGUGACAGCAGCUCCGAGGACAAUGUAGGGCCGCCAACCCCGGUGGAUGAGAAACAGGACCCGAUGCUUUACCUUGUCGGGGAUGACCAGGCAGUCUCGUUGUCCGCGCCACUUGCAACUCGAGAGCAAUCCCAGGAUCCAUCCAAGACACCAGCUGAUAAUGAGCAGGGCUCUACGACACGAGGCCGCCCCAGAGCGGAUACUAGAGCCCAGAGAGACAGCCCGUCUAAGAAGGAUACAGCCCAGAGUUCCCGGGAUGCCUCGAGGGCUUCGAACAUACGCACCCCUGCUGUCACACAAAGCAAGUCUACUCCAUCGUUGCCCAGACGAUUCGGGAGUGUGAAACAUGGCCGCUCCGCCGACGCCCUCACCACUAAAUCCGGCUACCAAUCCGACUCGGCUACAGUCAAGUCCAAGGCCAAGCCUGAAACCGUGGACAAAUCUGCCGCGCCUCAAACGGACAAAAAGUCGCCCACUGGACUCACCGUGGCAGAAAGGCUGGAAGAGAAGAUACGUCAGAGACAAGAGCUUCGUGCCAAGGAGGGCUCAGGCGAUGCGCCGAAGACGCCUAGUCCUCCGUCUACUGAUCAACCCAGUGUCCCGGUGGGACGUGCCGCGGAGCCAUCCAUAACCCCUGCAGCCACUGCAGCGCCUAAGAGCACCGCUCCAAAGACCCGUCCUAGGUCCACGUCGACGCCAAAGGAGCCAACUAGUGACCACCGUGUGGAUGGACAUGAAGCGUCCUCCUCAGCCGCAGCUCCGGCACCACAGCUCCCACCACGUCCGGGAUUGGCCAGUAAGCCAGCAGGUCGAUCAGUCUCAAGCAACGACGCUAAGUCAACGGCCCAGCUGCCAGCUCGACGGGCCGUAUCUUUCCUAGAUGACGUGCCGCAAAGGUCCUCGUCGCUCCCACGGACCCCCGAAGACAUUCCUGAGCCACCACCACUACCACGCCGACGGAGCUCAUCACAGGACGCUGUCCGCCAUCGAAGUUCAUCGCAGGAUGCUGUCCGUCAAACUUCGCCCAAACGGCCGUUUUUCCUCCCGCCCUGCCCUAGAUCGACUCCCAUCGCCGGAUACCAGGACUGGCACACGGUCAAGGGACUACCUCAUUUGAAUAUCUGCCCGUCGUGCAUGAAGCAAAUGCGCAAGUCGGAGUUCCGAGACCACUUCGUCUUAGCCAGUCCCCGGUCCCGUGGAGAGAAAAUUCGCUGCUCCAUGAGCGAGCCCUGGACCCGACUGGCAUGGAUGCAGACACUCAAGAAGCAGCUAGACCACCUCGAACUGCUGCACCAAAUCACGCGGCCACCCCUCAGCAUCAAGCCGUGUCCGGGACGCAUCAUCACCGAGCAGCACUGGUACCGGAUUGUGGACCCGGAAACGAACAUGUACCUCCCGCAGUUCAAUGUGUGCUCCGCCUGCGUGCGGAACCUACGGGUUCUGAUGCCGCAGCACCGGGACACCUUCAAGCGGAGCUCCACCAAACAAGAACGAGCCUGCGACUUCUUGACAGACAGCCCACGGUUUGUCCGGUACAUCGACUACCUGGAUAUAGCGGCCAACCGCGCCGACCAGGAAAAUAUGCUGCGCCCUAAUGUGACUGAGUUCCUCUCGUACGCUCGACGCAAGGUAGUGCUGCGGGACUGUCGGCGGGACCGACGGAUCCUCAGCACGUGGCACUACAUGCCACAACUGCCAGAGCUGACGGUGUGCGAGGACUGCUACGAUGACGUGGUGUGGCCGUUGGUCCGGGCCAAACAGCCCAUUGCGCGCAAGUUCUCGACGUCAAUGCGACUGCUUCCUGGCGACGGACCGUCUCGGUGCCGCGAAGCAAGCUGUCAGCUGUACUCGCCGCGCAUGCGCGCCAAGUUCGCAGAGGCGGUGCAAUCGAACGACCUGAUGUACCUGAAGCAGGUGGCGCUGCGACGGCGCGACGCAGAGCAACGCUACCGGGACCGGGAGGAGGAAUUGCUGGAAGACGCGAGUCGGGGAUACGACGUGGAGGGAGAGAUGCGGCGCAACGUGGAGGAGUGGAAGCGAAACGAGUAGUUCGAUACCAUGUAUUUGUUUGUUUUUGUCAGGAACCCGCCUGUAUGUUAGUGUUGAUGAUGCCUGUACACCUGAUAUCCAAUUCAGUCCAUCAAUCAUCCUCCUUUCCUCCGUCAGUAGAUGCAGCAUUAGCAAUCUCCAUCGCCUCCCCCAAACUAACAACCCUAUACCCCCUCUCUUUCAACACCGGCAACACCCUUCUCAACCCCUCC